AAAAAAACGCGCUUCAUUCCUUCUUCCACCGCCAUACUGUAUUUUAUCCUAAAUCUCAUUUUUAUUCCAACAUUUUACUCCCUCUCGUGGAAGGUUUUUCUGGAAAAAAAAAAAAAAUGAAGUGCGGUUUGGUUUCCUUGUCAACGGAGGAUGAAGUGAACAGCUGAGCAGCUCGCAGAGAGCAGGAUUAAAACAAGGUGAGCCAACCAUGACUGGCAAAACACAGACCAGCAAUGUCACCAAUAAGAAUGACCCCAAGUCCAUCAACUCGCGUGUUUUCAUUGGCAAUCUAAAUACAGCCAUUGUCAAGAAAGUUGACAUUGAAGCCAUUUUCUCAAAGUAUGGAAAAAUAGUUGGCUGCUCAGUUCACAAAGGUUAUGCAUUUGUACAGUACAUGAGUGAGCGGCACGCAAGAGCUGCAGUGGCUGGAGAAAACGCCAGGAUCAUCGCAGGCCAACCGCUUGAUAUCAACAUGGCAGGAGAACCCAAACCAUACAGACCAAAACCUGGAAAUAAGAGGCCCCUUUCUGCACUUUAUAGACUUGAGUCAAAGGAGCCUUUCCUGUCUGUUGGUGGUUAUGUCUUUGACUAUGAUUACUACAGAGAUGAUUUCUACAAUAGGUUAUUUGAUUACCAUGGGCGUGUGCCUCCACCUCCCCGCGCAGUAAUUCCACUGAAGCGUCCCAGAGUGGCUGUAACAACAACUCGCAGGGGGAAAGGAGUCUUUUCCAUGAAAGGGGGAUCAAGAUCUACUGUCAGUGGAUCUUCUUCAUCAGGCUCUAAAUUGAAAUCAGAUGAAUUACAGACAAUCAAGAAAGAAUUAACCCAGAUCAAAACUAAAAUUGACUCCUUGCUAGGGCGCCUGGAGAAGAUUGAGAAGCAGCAGAAGGCGGAGACAGAAGCUCAGAAGAAGCAAUUGGAAGAGAGUAUAGAGCUGAUCCAAGAUGAAUGUGUGUCAGAGAAUGCAGACCACUCUACAGAGGAGCCUGCUGAAGGAGGGCCAGAUGCCGAUGGAGAAGAGAUGACUGAUGGGAUAGAGGAGGACUUCGAUGAAGAUGGGGGUCAUGAGCUGUUUCUACAGAUAAAGUGAUUUGAAGUAAUGAAUGAUGCCAUGAAAGCAGAAAAGAAACUGUGACAACACCCAGAAAUGUGAAAGGAGGCUUCUUACUGCAUAACAGUAUCUUUGGUUCAAUUUAUAAAAACCCAAAUAAAAUGGACAGUAUUGUUCAAUUUUAGAAAUUCCAUUUCUUCUAUGUUCUAAGCUGUAUAAUUGUCAGGUUUUAUGGUUUAGAUUGUAAAUGUGUUUUUUCCCUUUGCUAAUUAUUUUUUUUUUUUAAGUCUUAAAAUGUGGAGGACAUUUAUGAAUGGUAAGGGAGACACUGUAUACAAAUGUAUAUUUGUAAAAGCUAUUUUUAUGAUUAGCAUGUUUUACUGUUGAUCAUAUAUAAAAGUCAGGUGAUAUUGCAAUUAUACACUUAAAACUUAUUUCCAACAAUGUCAUGUAAGAAAAGAUGCAUUGUAUGCUAGUUUUUAUAAUUUAUUUUUAAGUUAUAGUUUAAAGUACUUCAGAUCAUAAGGAUAAAAUACUUGAAAAGUUUUAUUUCUACCCUCAAUAAGCACCAUUUUUGUUAAUAAAUACUGCAAAUAUUUCAGAUGUAAUUCAAUAGCUAAAGGACUGUUGGUUUGACCUGUGAUUAAAUUGAGCAUUCUCUGCUCGACUGAACUGAAAUGACCCAAUUAUUACCCAAUAUUUCAGUCUGGGUAGGAGAUCCCAUGGACAGGUUUUAAUGCCAAUACAGGUGAGAACUAGACUCGCAGGGAUGAUUGCCUUGUCUUUGGAUCCAAAAGUUCAAAUUAGUACAUACAUCACUUCAGUUCAUCUCCUAUUACUAGGAACUCUCCAUUCCCUGGUAUUGCAAGUGUUUUCCAGAUGCCCUUAGCCAUUGUCUUGUGCUGUGGAAAUGGAAGAAACCAUCUUCACAGACUGUAGGAGAAUUCAGCGUAUAAUUUCUUAAUAAAUACUGUUUCUUUUAAAACAAAGUUGGUGUGUAUCUUUCUUUUGGGGUGCACUUAGUUUUAAUACUUGGUUUGAAUUUUUAAGUAACUUGUAAUGCCACAAAAUCAAUGCAACAAUGAAAGUAGCAUAACUUUAUUAAUAUGCAUAUUAUAUGUUAUUUAUGCCUUCAC